CGCACAAUCUUCCAGGUAGGUGACCACGGUAUCUGUUUCAGGUGUAAGAUCAUUGAUGGGCAUUCAGGGUUAUCUCGGGUGUUUGUAAAAACAACGCGGAACGAGUACAGUUAUGGUGGAUUGUUUUAAGAUAAACAAACUGGGGUGUAAUCGAUUUAAUAUGAUUCACCAUGUUGUUUUGAAAUAUUUACUCGGGUGUUGCGUUGUUGAUCGAUUCGUCACUGAUAUUUUUUAGAGGAAUAUAAUAUUCUGCAGUGUAAUUAUUUUCUGUUUGUAAAACGCUUUUAAAAUUCUGUAAUGCAUUGAAAAUACCACAUUAUCCAUGAUAGGAAAAAGAGUGGAAUUGAGAUGAGUGUUGAGCUAUCGAUCACUGCAGAAUUAAUGUCGCCGGACUGUAGACAUAGGCACACUGGAGAGAGGGUAUACGUACAUUGUAUUGAUAGAGAUAAAAAUAUGGCGGAAUCAUCACAAUCGCGCGGUCAUGUUAUGAUAACCGGAGGGGCAGGCUACCUGGGAUCCACACUGAUUCCAAUCCUGUUGGAGCAGGGCUAUGAGGUUACGAUUUACGACAUCUUUUUUUGGGGACCCACCUCCCUCAUCUCAUUCGCAGCUCACCCCCGGCUUCAUAUCGUCCAUGGUGACAUCAGAAACAAACAAACGCUGGCUGAACACAUGCACGACAAGGACGCUAUCAUACACCUGGCAGCCAUUGUCGGAUAUCCCGCCUGUGAUAAGGACCCAGAUUUAGCCAUUGACACAAAUGUAGUUGGGACCAGGAACAUCGCUGAACUGAAAACUCCAGAUCAGAAGCUGAUUUACGCCAGCACCGGGUCCUGUUACGGCGCAGUGGACGGAUUGUGCACGGAGGAAACUCAGAUCAGUCCCCUCACUCUGUAUGGUAGCAGCAAAGCGGACGCGGAAAAAAUGGUCCUGGCUGCCAAUGGAGUAGCUCUUCGUUUGGCCACUGUGUUUGGACUCUCGCCUCGUCUUCGUCUCGACCUACUCAUCAAUGAUCUUACUUACAAGGCCCUCACCCUGAAAGAGUUCGACUUGUAUGAAGGUUCAUUCAGACGCACCUUUCUACACGUGAAAGAUGCUGCGCGUGCUUUUGCAUUUGCGUUGAACAAUUAUGACAAAAUGAAAGGAGAGGCAUUUAAUGUAGGUGAUGAAGCGAUGAAUAUGACCAAAUCACGUGUGGCCCAGCUGAUUCAGGGGCACGUGAAGGGCUGCGUUAUUACGGAAUCGAAAUCCGGGGAAGACAAAGACAAACGCGAUUACGAGGUGUCGUACCAGAAAAUCCGCAAACUCGGCUUCGGCUCGACAAUAUCUGUGGAGGAGGGCAUCCGAGACAUGUUGAAGAUCCUGCCUCACAUUGAAACUACGGACGUCUGCAAAUUCAAGAACGUGUGAAGUACCAACAUCUGUCACUAUGCUGUCAAGUUUUGACCAAAACAUUUCGACUGUACUUUUUACUCAAAGGUGUAAUAUGUGAAGACAAAGCUUUAGAGCAAGACAAUUGAAUUUUAUCGCUGAUAUUAACUAUUCUUCCAUUUGGAGCCUCUUGGUGAAAUACAUUUAGUUGUUGUUAUUGCUGUUUGGAGUAUAAUAAUACACAUUUUAAAGUUUUCAUUUAUUCAAUUUCAACCUGCAUAUAGUGAUUCCUCUGUAUUGUGUACCGGACAUGGAAGAUUGGAACUUUUGUUUCUAGUAUUCUGAAAUAUCCAAAAAUGAUCGCUCGAGUUUCCCCUUGUAUAUGUGAGAUGUUUUAUCGAUGUCAAUAAAUUAUAGAAUUUGUA